GUGAGCAGGCUGCUCACUGCACCCUGUUAUGAGUCUCCUCAGAUUUAUUCGCACAUCACCAGCAUGCGCUCUUUACAGGUCCUCCAGGGUAGCAUGCAUGUCCUCUCUGCCUGGUCUAGGCACACCCGAUAAUGCUGCGUCAUUAUUCUCAGAGUCGUCUGUCGAACAACCUGCCGCUUCGUCUGCCCAGUCCAGCAGCGAAGUACCGGACUUCUUCAGCAACCUUUCAUUACCACCGCGUCCUUCACAACCUGAAGACUCAGGGCCGCCUGUCGGAAGGGCGUAUCCACCACCCAGGACCGAUAGCAAUCCCAUGCGUGCUAAAGGAAAGGAGAGGUUGAAAUACAAUCUAUAUGUUACAGCAAGUCGUAACAACACGAUUGCUACAUUCACGCGACCAAAUGGAAAUCAACUUUGUACCUUCAGCGGAGGCAAGGUCGGAUUUAAAGGCGUGAAGAGGGCCAGCUAUGAAGCAGGUUAUCAGUGCGCCGUUACGAUAUUCCAGCGCAUCUUGAAGGAGAAGGAACAGGCAGGUUCGAGCAUGUGCUUGGAACUGCUCUUCAGCGGGUUUGGACAGGGUCGGGAUGCGAUGUACAGAGCACUGAUGUCGGAAGAGGGUGCUGCGGUUAGAGACAUGGUCUUCCGAAUAACGGACUUUACACCUAUCAAAAUCGGAGGUACAAGGGCGAAGAAAACGCGUCGGUUGUAGGCCCUUGAAGGUCAGCAUAUGUUUCAUUAUUUUGUGCUGCUACACCUCCUGACUUGACGCAGCUUUUUGUUACUCUCCGGAUGCAUUGUCUUUUAUCAGUAUUCUUGUAUAAUCUACACCGAAACUCGACGAGUUUCUUGCGCUUCUCGAAUGCAGGCUUCAAGCAAACCGGCGUCCCCUCAAUAGUCCGUGUGUGGGUCUAGUUGCAGUGCUUCAAGAGCUUUUCGGACAUAUCCACCUAAUUGCCUCAGUGUGCGCGUUCGACUGCUCUUAUUGCCAUCUACUAAUUCCGUUCUAUGCACCUUCUUUCAAUGUCGUUUUAUCCGUUUCGGUGAAUUGUAACGAUAAGUGAUCGU